GGCUGCCUUGCAGGAGACUGAGUGCGUGUGGUGUUGCAGUCGGGGGUUCUGCUGUGCUCUGGCAACAGCUGGCUGAGCGUGUCAAGAUCUGAAGAAGGAGAAGCUUCUCAUGUGGACGGAGGCAGCGGAACAGACACAGCGCAGGAUGCAAAGUGAUGGUUGUGGUGUUGAGACGUCUUUUUUUGUCUCACUUUGAGUUUUGAGAGCCAGAGAGGUUGGAGUCACUGCUGAUCGAGGGAGAGAGGAACUGAGCAAGGAGAUAGCGUGGGAACAAGAAGUUGACAGUGGACGUGUUCAGGAUGAUCUUGGGAAGUGUAAACCGCCCGGGGCCGGUCCCUGCCUUCCUCAGGAGCCCCUCUGUCUUCCCGACCCCGCUGGACAUGAAGCACUUCCUCCAGUUCCCCCUGGAGUCGCCUCACCCCGCCAGCAUCGGCCUCUUCCACAACUUUAAUACAAUGGACCCCGUCCAGAAGGCUGUGAUGACGCACACCUUUGGGCCGCCUAUGGUGAAGACAAAGCGGCCAAUCAUCUCCUGCAAUGUCUGUCAAAUACGCUUCAACUCAGAGAGCCAGGCAGAGGCCCACUACAAGGGGAACCGCCAUGCUCGGAGGGUGAAGGGGAUUGAAACAUCCAAAACAUCUCGUUUCCAAGAUGGCGACAAGCAGCACCCUCCCCCUGCAUCUCCUUCCCCACCAGGCAUGUCACCAUCUAGCCCUGAGCCUGAUCCUAAUAAGCAGGAUGACAUCCUAUCCUGUCCCAACUUUAACAAUUCACCUUUGACACCUAUCUGCCUUCCAACACCAACACCAAGCUCAGAUCUAGAGUGUCCCCUCAUGCCUUCUGUCAGCACACUUUUACCCUCCGCUCUCUCCCCCACCGCGCUCCUCAGUACCCCCCCAGUAGAACCAGCAGCGUCUGGUCUUCCCGACACCCCGUCUCCAGCACCCAGCCCUUCUUCAGGAGAAUCAGAGGAAGAGAAAGCCAAGAAGCUUCUCUACUGUUCCCUGUGCAAAGUCGUUGUGAAUUCCCUCUCACAACUGGAGGCACAUAACAAAGGUACCAAACACAAAACCAUUCUGGAGGCUCGCAGUGGACUGGGGCCCAUUAAAGCAUACCCACGUCUGGGCCCUAAACUCAGCCCAGAGCAGGGGGGGGAGCUGUCUUCUGACCCCGACACUCAGGAACGCACCUUCCACUGUGAGAUCUGCAAUGUCAGAGUCAACUCAGAACUGCAGCUCAAACAACAUAUAUCUAGCCGAAGGCAUCGGGAUGGAAUUGCAGGGAAACCCAAUCCCCUUCUCAGUCGGCACAAGAAGCGCACAGACUUUAUGGAACUUCCAAAAUCAAUGGGGGCUGGACUUUUACCAAAUCCCCUGGCUUUGGCUGCAGCGAUGGCAGCCGCAGUCUCCUCCAAUCAGCUGGCACUACGUCCCCCUUGCCCAACCUCCCACCACCACCCCCUCCACCCCCACCACCACCUCUUACAGGGAACCCCCCUCAGCCUGCUGAGACCCGCCCCUGGCCCCAUGCGCACCACGCAUGGGCCAAUCCUCUUCACUCCUUACUGACGGUGAGAGAACGGGGUAGAAUGAGGAAGAAGCACACUGUGAAGUGGAGGCCUGCAACCCUGUGUCAUCAAGAGCCAAUCAGCUGCUGUGGCUGCAGCUGCUGUUUCAAUAGAAUAAAAACAGCGGACAUAAAUAUGACUCUAAUGUUGCAUUCUGCGGUUGCAGACGGCUGCUGUUACGUUAACAGGGAGAACCAGAGACAUGAUAAAGAGUCUGUAUGUUUCCACCCUCCCCAGUUUCCUUCAUCAAUCAACUAUCUGCCAAUCAUCAAGUAGAGUCUGGAUAAUCUGCAACCAAAUCAUUAUCUUCAUCUAGCAUAUGAUCCACUGUAUCCGUCUCAAAACCCUACCUCUCCUAUGUUUUUCACUUUAAUCUUUGCAAGAAUUCAUCACAUAUCCAAAGCAUCAUUGUUGUCAGAAACAUGCCCGCUGGGUUAGAUAUAGUCAUUGCGUCUGAUGUUAGCUGGUAUCUGUCACAGUAUAGUGGAAUAUACCACUGUAGAGUUCUGUUUUUGUGGCCUGUUAAGACAAAAAGGUACCAAUAAUUUCCAUAUUGUUGCUGCAGUUACUGGUAAACAUUUGUCUGUACUGUACGUCUACAUUUUCGUAGCUGUCCCAGGUGGUGUAUAUUAACCUAACAGAAACAGGAAGUAAAAGAGGAACAGAAAAAGGGAAGAAUUUACAUUAUGUCUUAAAACUGUACUGAUGUGUAUGUCAACCCCAUUUACAUUUUGGGAAGCGUAGUUGUAGUAAAAAAGUGCAAUAUGCAGAUAUCAGUGUCAGUGUGAAAUGCAGUAAGUUUGGAGAAAAGAAGGUAAACCUAUGCUAUUAGUUUCUUUAGUGAAGGCAACAAUGUAACGGUCUCUCCAGAUGAUUCUCCAUGUUCUCCCUAAAUGGCUACUGACAACCAUGUGCAUAAAGUCCAACAAAGCACAUACGUGUUGAAAGUUCUCAAUGUAAACAGCUGAAAUUCAAACAAAAUGACAAUAUGUUUUUUUCACCACACUACGCAUCACAGAAAGGUUUAAGUGUCUCAAUCAGAUCGUUUCAACACUGUGAGCAAAGGAGGAACAUGGUUGAUGAAUAACUUUAGUAGCAGGUCUUUGCAAUAUAUGCACAUUUAAUUACAACAUUUUCACCAAAACAAGGGGGAUGAAGGACACCAGAUAUAUGUUACAGACGGAAAAGGGCCACAUACACAGCUGAGUAGUUGUAUGCAAAAAAAAACACAACAUUUUGGGUAGUAUUAUAGGCUUGUAGUGGGUUAACAUUUGUUCGUUUUUCUGCUCUGCCUUGUGCGCUCCGACCCUACAUGAGCCCGAUCUAUCCCUGUGAAACUAUCAUGAUGGUUUGUGAAACAUUAGAGGGACGUUUUAGGAAACAGUAGCAAUACUUUAAGCACUCCUGCUAACUUUUCUUGUUAACUGCAAUAAAAAGACUAUUGUCUUCAAAUGUAUGAAUUGUUAUUUAGGACAAGUGUAUUAAAACAUAUAGUGUAACUGUAGAUUAUUGAAAACAUAUGAAAAAGGUACAUGUUGGGGCUCCCUAAUUGUUAACUUGUUGUUAACUAAACUAAAUUCUAUAUCAAAUC